AUUAACCUCAUCUCCAAUAGCGUCAUCUACCUCACCCUAAUUUCAGGGACACUAAUUACACUUACCAGUUCCCAUUGAUUACUAAUAUGAGCAGGACUAGAAAUAAGCAUAUUCGCCAUAAUCCCAAUCCUCACGCACAAAACAAGCCCACGAUCCACAGAAGCCGCAACCAAGUACUUCUUAGUCCAAGCAACAGCAUCCAUAAUAUUUAUAAUAACAAUCAUUUACUCCGUGGCCCUCUCAGGCCAAUGGGCUAUCAUACACUCACAAAACCAAACAAUCUCUUCAAUCCUAAUAUUAUCCCUAAUAAUAAAACUAGGACUUGCCCCAUUCCACCUAUGAGUGCCCGAAGUAACUCAAGGGGCCAACCUGUGAUCAGGAAUAAUCCUGCUCACAUGACAAAAAAUCGCCCCCCUAUCCAUCAUGUACCAAGCCUACUCCUCAGCAAACCAAACAAUAAUCAUCUCAUUCUCCCUCCUAUCAAUUCUACUAGGGGGCUGAGGAGGCUUAAACCAAACACAACUACGAAAAAUCCUAGCCUACUCCUCAAUCUCCCACAUAGGAUGAAUAACAACAGUAAUAUGCUUCAACCCCUCAAUCAUACACCUAAACCUUCUAAUCUACAUUAUACUCACACUAUCCAUAUUCUCCAUACUAUCUAUCAACACAAACACCACCACCCUCUCACUAUCACACUUAUGAAACAUCUCACCUAUCCUAGCCAACACCAUCCUAAUCAUCCUCCUAUCUCUAGGAGGCCUCCCCCCACUUACCGGUUUCAUACCCAAAUGAAUAAUCAUUACAGAGAUAACAAAAAACCAAAGCAUCAUCCUACCCACACUAAUGGCAAUAAUAGCUCUACUAAACCUAUUCUUCUACAUACGCCUAGCUUACUCAACAUCACUAACACUAUUUCCAUCAACAAAUAACCUAAAAAUAAAAUGGUACAUCCAAAACACCAAAAUACCAUACCUGCUACCCCCACUAAUUAUUGUAUCUACACUCAUACUACCCCUAUCCCCCAUAAUGACAACACUAGAAU